AUGGACGGCUUCUCGCUCAAUAUCUCAGCUUCGAGCGGUGUCCGCAAACCUGCGAAGAAGAGGAAGAACACCUUCCGUGUCAAACAGCAAGUCAAGCGUGCAAAAGCAAAGGCCAACAAGUCCGGCAAACCGCCUCCGAGACAGUCUUAUGAGCAACGCCGUGACCAUCGAUCACAAGCACUGGACAAUGCGUACGCAUCACCAAAUGAUAAAGCGGCGCACGUGGCACAAUUGAGGACAAAAGCGCCAAUUGUCAAAGACGUCGCUGCUACUGCUGCUGUUGCUGCGUUUCAAGACACUGUGGACGAAGUUGAGCACGAGCACGUCAGUGAAGGCGUAACGGAGAAGACCGAGGAGACAGACGAGGUAGAAACUUACGUUGACAAAAAAUCUCAUGAGGUUGUCGUUGCUGUUGCUAAAGCGGCACAAGCAGAAGAAGUGAAGCCAAAAGUGUUUGGGACUCGUCGCAAUCCCAACAAGGAAGAUUACAAUGUAGAGACGUUUACUCAAUCUCGCGUCAAGAUUGACGCGGUCUUGUCCAAGCCACUGACAUCGUUGAAAAGCGAGAAGAUUUUUGCUGCUCAUACGUUCGAGUCUAUGGAUAUGUCGGAAAAGUUGGUGAACGUGCUGAAAAAAGACACCGAGAGGGGUGGCUUUGGUUUUGCGCGGCCCACGAACGUGCAGGUCCAAACGAUUCCGUCCGUUUUGAAAGGAAACGAUAUUCUGAUCAAGAGCGAAACGGGGUCGGGUAAAACGCUGUCGUACUUGCUGCCUAUUGUUCAGAAAUUGCAGAAUGUGACGCCGCGCAUUCAGCGCCAAGACGGUUGUCUGGCGCUAGUGCUAGCGCCGACUCGCGAGUUGUGCACACAAAUACUGGAGACUGCCAAUAAACUGAUCCAGCCGUUUGUGUAUCUAGUACCGGGUGCUAUUAUUGGUGGUGAGAAGAAGAAGGCUGAGAAGUCUCGACUGCGUAAGGGAAUCACCAUCUUGAUUGCCACUCCUGGCCGGUUGGCCGAUCACUUGGUAAACACCCAGUCAUUCAACUACACACGCCUGCAGUUCUUAGUACUGGAUGAAGCAGAUCGCUUGCUGGAUAUGGGUUUUGAGAAGCAAAUUACGCAGAUCUUGACCAUCCUAGAUGGCAAGAAGACAGCCCGGAAAAGACAGAACAUUCUGGUGUCCGCCACCAUCAACAGCGGGGUGCAGCAGCUUGCCACGUUGAGUCUGUCGAACCCUGUGCUGAUCGAUGUUGAUGCAACUACCAGUGAUAAAGACACACUAUCAGAGGCCAAAGGGUCUGGUCAGGAGAAGUUUUCGACUCCGCAUCAACUCAUGCAGCACUUCAUGCUCGUUCCAGCAAAGGCGCGUUUGUGUGCACUGACGUGCUUCUUACGUGAGGAGUUACGGAACACUCCUCGCGAUGACAAGAAUGGUAGGCCUGGCAAGUGUAAAGUCGUUGUAUUCUUGUCCACGUGCGAUGCGGUGGACUUUCACUACACGCUGUUCCGCAAGUGCGCGUGGCCGUCAGGAAAGGGGUCACCUGGAAACGACGACACAGCAGGCGAACAGAAUGGCGUGGCCUCCCUGUUUGGCAAUCAAGGACCCGUGUUCCGCCUGCAUGGUAACAUCCCGCAGCAAGAGCGCGUUACCACGUUUAAGAGUUUCUGCUCUUCAAGUUCCGGCGUGCUUCUCUGUACCGAUGUGGCUGCCCGUGGUCUGAACUUGCCUACGGUGAAGUGGAUCGUUCAAUACGAUCCGCCCACUGAGACCCGUGAUUACGUCCAUCGUGUUGGUCGAACUGCCCGAAGUGGCAACCAAGGCAGCAGCCUGUUGUUCUUGAUGCCUUCUGAAUCGGAAUACCUUGAGUACUUGAGCAAGCAAGGCCUGAAGUUAAAUGCUUUGAGUCUUGAAAAGACCGUUGCCCACGUUAGCAAACACGGUGGAUUCUCGACAGCAUCUCGGAAAAAGUUGCUGCACGAGGUUGUGCAAGGAGACUUGCAAUUCUUGUACGAACAGACGCUCCUGGCAGACAAAGAAUUAUUCGAGCUGGCGUGUCAAGCAUUCCACUCUUUCGUGCGCAGCUAUGCCACGCACUCGUCGGACACAAGGCAGAUCUUCCAUGUCCGGAGUCUGCACUUUGGUCAUGUUGCGAAGAGUUUUGCGCUGCGGGAGCCACCCGCUUCUUCGAAGCUGCGCGCGACUGGGCGAAAUGCCAAAAAAGGUACGCUGCAAAAGCGCAAAGACCGUGAUGACAAGCAGCAUGCAGUGGUCGUCAAAAAGCAGAAGAAGGUGCGCGACGAGAAGCGUCGGUACGCGCAGUAUGUGUCCGAGUUCGCCGACUAG